AUGUCAAUGAUUGCAAGCUCUUCAUCACACAGCGACCCAGAUUCAAGAAGCUUGCAAGCGCUUCUCGAAGCUUUUGGUUCUCGUUUUUCUCUUGAUGACAUUGUUGCUGCUUACUCCCAAGCAAGCAAGAAUGUCGAUACAGCUGGUGAGAUUCUCUUUGCAAUGGCAGAAGAAAAGACGCCUCUAAUUGACAAAACGGAUGAAGGAACCGCAAAACCAACUCAUGUCUAUGUUCCCAAGGAAGUUCGACGACAAGAGGAAGGCAAAGCCAAAGUAUGGAGGCCGAAAAGAAACUCUAUAUCAGUUGGUACUGUUUCAAGUAUUAUCGGUAAGGAGUAUGUUAGAACCAGGCCUGUAACAAACGCUCCCCGGGAAGCAACUAAACCAAUGAAGAUAGACUCAAAGGAUAUUCCAGAAACUGUGAUAUGGAGUGAAGAAAUGCCAAAGAACAAAGAGGCAUACACAAGCAGAACUCCAACUGAUGUUGAGGAAUUCAUUGUUAAGAUGCUCGGAGAAGGCUUUCAAGCUAGCCCAGAGGUCAUUCACCAGAUUCUUGGCGUUUGCGGAUAUGAUGUGAAGAAGAGUACGGAGAAACUACUUGACUUGUCUGAUACCAAGAAGUAUGCUGAUGCUGGAAUUUCCAGUGAAGUUAUGUCAAAAGUUGAUUCUCAAAGACAGGGAUCUACGUCCAGCUACCAAGUGGAACUGCAAGAAGUUUCUCAGAGUGACAAGAAUGCUCUUGAAAAGGAAGUUUUAGAAGCUUUGUUCUCAGGUGCGGAAAGAUACGAGGAAGUGCCAAAAACAGCUCGGCGAUUUGGAGAAAGGAGACCAAGAGUUGCUGGUCGUCCUGUUUUUAAACCUUUGGAAGACCCUUUCAAAGAGAGAGUAGUUACUGUGAAACUAUCGCCACAUAAUGCUAAAGAAGCUGAAGAAGAUGAAAAUGAAUAUAGGGCACAUCGUAAAGCAGUACACGAGUAUUUGCAGGAGAUGAAAGAAUAUUACGGAGCUGCUGUAGAAGCAUUCUCCAAAGGAGAAACUGAGCGAGCACACAGACUCGUGGAGAAGGGACACUUUUUCGGACAAAAAGCUCGAGAAGCAGAUGAUAAGUCUAUAGCCAAGAUGCUUGAAGACAAGAAAGACGAUGAUUCGGCUUACAAGGAAGAUGAGGUAGUGACUGUGAAUGUGAACGAGCACGAACCAAGGGAAGCUCUUCGUCUUCUCAAGCUCCAACUUAAGAACUUCUCUGGCAUUGCAUCUAUCAAGUACCUCAGAGUCAAAUUGGGUGACAACAAGGACGUUUCCAAAUGCAAAAGACGACUUACUGCAAUUGCUAAGCUGCUGGAGGGAGAAUCCAUUGCUUGGUCUGAAGAAGAUAAUGGCCUCGUGAUGAUGAUACGUGUUGAUGAGGUUGACCCCAAGAAACUGAGUUUCGCCAGAAAAUAG